AGUCUUAAUUCUGUUUGGAGCAAAACAAAUCGGUUAGCCGAAUGCAAUAGCUUGAGGUCGUGUCUCAUUCGGCGUACACUUAGGUAUCUAGUGCACUUUGUCGGGCGUGGAGUUUAAUCACGUCAGAGCGCGUGUAGUUCACUUAAAAAGGGAAGAGGGCACAAUUUUUGAUUCGGCCCGAAUGCUUAUAGAUACAAUACAGUAUAACGUAAACGGUUGAUGAUUGUGGCAACACAUUUUCUCUAAAGAUAUUACAGAGCACCAUGGAGGGCUCCAAGUCAUCCAGCACCACCAUGCAGGUGAGCUUUGUGUGUCAACGCUGCAACCAACCUCUCAAACUCGACACCAGCUUCAACGUCCUGGACCAACUCACCAUCCAGGAGCUCAUCGCUCCACUGGUCACCGUGACACCAAGCAAGCAAACAGAAAGCGGUGACACUGACAGUCCACCUGAGGAGGCUUUUGUGGAGAGCAAACAAGAUGGCAUCUCACGGAAGUACAUCCCUCCUGCUAGGAUGAUGUCCACAGAAAGCGCUAACAGCUUCACACUAAUCGGCGAGGCCUCAGACGGAGGGACCAUGGAGAACCUGAGCCACAGGUUAAAGGUAACGAGUCAUCUGUUCGACAUCAUGUCGGGGCAGAGUGACGUCGAUCACCCACUGUGUGAGGAGUGUACAGACACACUGCUCGAUCACCUUGACACACAGCUCCACAUCACAGAGAACGAGUGUCAAAACUACAAGAAGUGUCUGGAGUUGCUGUCACAGCUGCAGGUGGAAGACGAGGACACGCUGCUGAAAGAGCUGCAGCAGCUCAGGCAGGAGGAGGAGACGCUCAUCCAGGACCUGGAAGCCAUCGAACAGCAGCGGGAAUCCGUCGCCAUGGAUAUCACCGAAGCACGAUGCCACGCCCAGCAGCUGGACACAGAGGAGCUUCAGUACCAGAAGGAGUACUGCGAGUUUAAACGGCAGCAGCUGGAGCUGGAUGAUGAACUGAAGAGUGUCGAUAAUCAGAUGCGCUACUGUCAAGCUCAACUGGACCGCCUGAAGAAAACCAAUGUCUUUAAUGCCACCUUUCACAUCUGGCACAGUGGACAGUUUGGAACGAUAAAUAAUUUCCGUCUGGGGCGAUUACCCAGCGUUCCUGUGGAGUGGAACGAGAUUAAUGCGGCCUGGGGUCAGACUGUGUUGCUGCUGCAUGCUCUUGCUAACAAGAUGGGUCUGCGCUUUCAGAGAUAUCGACUUGUUCCUUACGGAAACCACUCAUACCUGGAGUCCCUUACAGACAAGUCCAAGGAGCUGCCGCUGUAUUGCUCAGGAGGACUGCGCUUCUUCUGGGAUAACAAGUUUGAUCACGCCAUGGUGGCAUUUUUAGACUGCGUGCAGCAGUUUAAAGAGGAAGUGGAGAAAGGAGACACUGGAUUCUGCCUACCGUACAGGAUGGACGUGGACAAGGGGAAGAUCGAGGACACGGGCGGAAGUGGAGGAUCGUACUCCAUUAAAACACAGUUUAACUCUGAGGAGCAGUGGACCAAAGCACUAAAGUUCAUGCUCACCAACCUGAAAUGGGGCCUGGCCUGGGUUUCGUCCCAAUUCUACAACCGUUAAAACAGAGAGAGCGAGAGAUGGAGAUCUAGGCUCAGUAGAUCUCUCUGAUCCCUGGUUCUGGCAAAAGGACCGGCUUUGACUCUUUGUUCACUAAACUUUUUUAACUGUGACUAGUUUAAAGUU